UAUUGUGCUCCGGAAAGAAAACACACACUGUCAUUUCCGAAAUUGCACUUGUCCUAAUAGCACACACAUUUGGAAGCUCUGUGACGUAAUUAACUGUAAGAAACACGCCACUCAAAACAGGAAAAAGUUGGAUUACACACAAUCCAUUAAUACCACUGGUCGACAAUUUAAAUUGAUGCACUAGAUGACGGAGAGAAAAUAUUGAAGGAAAACUAAAUACACGGCUGAAAAUCUGCUGAUCAUGGCUCAACCUACAAACGCAGAUCCGGGUCACACCACCAAUAUGGUGUACCAUCAACAAGCGGGUCAGAUCUCUCAGCAUUCUAUUCCUGUCACGCCUGGUUGCUCCGAAAACUACAACGGGAUAUCCGGCAGAGCGACGGGGUGGAUCCAGCUAUGCUGUGCUGUGGGAGUGACCCUAAUAGGAGUGGCGCAGUUCCUACUUGGAUCCUCGCUCCGUUUCAUUGCAUGCGGGAUAUGGAUGAGUCUUCUGUGCUUUGGACCUGCUGGAGUACUUGGUAUUGUUAGUUUCAGAAAAAGAACGUGUGUGAUAUCAGCUUACAUCACAAUGUCUGUGUUCUCCGCCAUCUUUGCAUUUUUCAUGAUGAUCAUUGGGGCCAUAGGUGCUCCAAUUAGUGGAUCAUUUGGAUGCUACGCACAGUCAGGGACGAUACCCUGUAAAGAAGGUUUAGUGGAGUCUCGAACUGCCUCGGAUGCUAUCAUGAGUGUAAUCGGGUUGAUCGAGUUGAUAGUUGCUAUUGUAGGAUCAGUCUACGGCUGUUCCGGAGUGUGUUGCACCCCAAAAUCGUCAAGACCACUGCAAGGCUUUAACGUGGUCAACCAAUACCCUGCGAUUGUCUCAACACAUCAACAGGGUUUGUCGUACGUUCCCACGGACCAACCACCUCCUUACAGCGACGCCCAACAGCAACUGCAACAGACACCCACACCGCAACAGAUUCACGUACCGCAACAAACAUUCCCACAUCAGCACACUAAUCCAUCGCGGCAGACUCGUAUACAGCAACAAACACCCACGCCACAACAGAUUCACGUACCACAACAGACGUUCCCGAAUCAGCAGACUCGUAUACAACAGAUUCACGUACCACAACAGACGUUCCCGAAUCAGCAGACUCGUAUACAACAGAUUCACGUACCGCAACAGACGUUCCCGAAUCAGCAGACUCGUAUACAACAUCAGACACCCACACCACAACAAGUUCAGUUGCCCCAGCAGACAUUCCCACACCAACAGACAUUCCCGCAUCAGCAGACUUAUCCACAGCAGCAGUCUAUUUUACCGCAACAGACACCCACAGCGCAACAAGUUCACUUGCCCCAGCAGGCCUUCCCAAAUCAACAGACAUUCCAGCAUCAGCAAACACAUCCACAGCAGGAGACUAACGCUAUACCACAACAGACUAACCCGGACCAAUUCUACCAGCCCCUUAUCCUUCCAAACAACCAAGGGAGAUAAAACCCAGGACAAACGGCCCAUCUGCCGCAUCAAAGAUUAAAAUGAAAAUCGUCAAUCCAUUCCUCAUCGGCUGAUUUUUCUUUGAACAAUGCUGGAAAUGUAGGAAGCUGCAGCUGAAAAUUAUUGUACAGUUACACUAUAAAAUUGCAAUAUAAUUGCUCCCUCUUUAGAAUUAUGGUCAUGUGGGGUAUGACCUUUCCAUUUUUCAUAAUAUAUUCUAAAUAUUGUAUAACGCAGUAACAACACUGCAGGCCUAUGAAAAAUAUGUAUAUGCUGGUGUCAAAGAUCAUUUGCUUUCACUCCAAAAUGAACGCCAAUUCCAGAUUCAGAAGUGCUAAGACAAUUAUGUGAUAAUGUUAUUUGUUAAUUGAAAGAACAUGAAUUGAAAUGAAAAUGAAUUUUAAAUAAGAAUAUAUCUUCAUCAUCAUUCUGCCACAUACCACUGUGAUUCCAGAUCCAAAAUGUCUAAAAUUUAUUUGUUUCUUAAUUAUUAUUAAUAAUAAUAAUAAUACAAAUAAUAAUAGUGGGUUCUUGUAUAGUGCUCACGUCUGUCAGACUUGACACUCCUGGCGCGUUUUUUCUUCUAGUCUUUCAUGUCUUUUUACAUUAUUUUUUAAAUCUUAUUAUAUAAUAUAUAUACAAAUAUCAACAUUUUCCGAGUCUGCAAUACAUAGUAAAUAGGAAUUAAAAUUACCAGUAUGAACAUUUUGUUUGCAUCAUCAUUGACAGAGGAUGUUAUCCAGUGAAAGCUGUCUAAAGCGGGUUUUUUCUUGUUGUUAAGGUCCGUCAAUUCUCGCUACCGCAUAAAGCAUUAAACAUUCCCAUUAUGCAUUGCCCUUCCUCCUAUACUUCUGGAGAUUCUAAAACACGUAUUCUUUUUUUAUCUGAUAUUCUAGAUCUUGCUCGAUAGUUACAAUGUUGGAAGAACACACAAGCAGUAAGCAUAUUUAUUAAUAAAAAGUAAAUACCAGCAUUGGCAAAGGCCAGCGCUUGAAGAAAUUCUUUAGGAGUCAAAUUGGGCGCGCUGCAACACAAGUGUCUUUUACACAAGGCAGGUUUGUGCGCUACUGUCAGUAAUCUUAAACAGUUUCCUUAAUAUACAGCGAGGUCACAUAUUUGAAGAUUCCGAAGGUCUACAUCUUAAAUAAAUUUAGAUCAUUAGAGAUUAAGGCAAAACAACAUUUUCUCAUUCUUAGUCCUAUUGCUAUUGAAGUAUGAGUCCAUACUGUGUGGCCCGUAUUGACCGGAAGUUCAUGUGAUUACAAAAUCCUCGUAGAGAAAAUUAGAAAAAUGUAAAGAAUUAUCUACUAGAAUAUUUUCACUAUCUAAUAAGCUCAUUUAUCUAAAUAUAGGAUUUCCUGUCAAUUUUAACACUUUUUUCAUUCACAUUCAUCUUGAGUACUUCUGUUUUGUCCUAAGAAUUUUCGUCAGAUUUCAUUCAAAUUCGUCGCACCUGGCGGUCCGCUGCAGAAUGUGAUAAUCAAAUAAGACCUUGUAACAAAUUAGUUUUAAAUUUGAAUGACGCUUUGACGAAAUAGAUUGCAAGUGAUGAAAUGAUUCAUGCGAUUGUACGUGGGCAGCCAAAGAUGAGGAACGUUCUUUGACAUUAACGAAAUAGGAUGCAAACUGAUGGUAAUUGGACAAAGGUCGAAAGUGAUUGACCGAAAUUGACUAUCAGAUAUGCAAGAUUACGAAUUUUAUGGACGUAAAUGAAUGGAAAAAAAAGUAUGAAAUUGAUAUAAAAGGUGUUGCUAAAAGAAGGCAAAAGGCCGCUUUCAAUAUGUCUGUAUGCUUAAGAUUCAUGUCGCAUCCACCCCCACCAAUUACCCCCACCAAUCAUCGCCCGAUCACCCACCCCCCACCAAUCAUCCAAGCAAUCAAAAUUUGUAAUACAGGGUUCGUACUUUUAUAUCCAAUGUCUGUUGUAUCAUUCACCGAGGUAGAGCCUGCGGUAAACGUAUCAUCUUUACAAUAAAUUCUUAUAUUUUGGUCAA